GAUGAUGAUGAUGAUGAUGAUAGAUCUCAAACCGACCAUAUUCCUCUUGAUCUAACCUUGGAAAUACUCUCAAGACUUCCUGCGAAAUCGAUCUUGAGAUCUCGGUGUGUGUCCAAGCUCUGGUCUUCUUUCACCAAACUUCCGACUUUUAUCAGCUCUUUCGCGUCUCGCUCCUCUUCACAGCCACCGAGACUUCUGGUCACAUUAUCAACUGCAGAAUCAAAGGAUUUCGUUUUCUCGUUUCCACAACACCAGAAUCCUGAUGGGUCUUAUCCUCAAGUCUACAGUUAUCACUAUCAAAUAACGUCAUCAAAACCUAGAUAUUGUAGCCCUUAUCAUGAAACGCGAGGUGAGAGCGUCCAGGGCUUGUUCUUAUUACAAGGAUUCAAGAUUUGGAACCCAAGCUUGAGACGGCUUUGGACCUUACCACAUCCCACACCAAACAUCCCGAGUCAUGAUAACUGGAUGUCUUAUUUAGGGUUCGAUCCAUUGGAGGGUAAACACAAAGUACUAUGCGUAUCGCAUAAAGAUUCCCAACAGCCUCGUGUUCUUACAUUGGGAGCUCAAUAUCAAUCUUGGAGAAUAAUAUCCAAAGGUGUCCCUAGGCAUUGCCCCCUUAGUGGAGACCAUGGACAAUGCUUCAAUGGUAUUCUGUAUUAUAAAGCUCGUGCUAUUGGUGUCAACGAUCAUCCUAUAAUAAUGAGCUUCGAUGUCAAAUCUGAAAAGUUUUUCAAACCGAUAAAGUAUCCCGAGACUCGUGUUCUUCUCACACCUUAUACGAUGUCGUCUUACGAGGGAAAGCUAGCCUUUGUUGAUCAUAUGGAUAAUCCCUUUGGUGAUAUUCAUCUAUAUGUUUUGGAAGAUGCAAAUGGAGACGAAUGGACGCAUAGACGCUUUCUUCAUGGUAUUACUGAUGCUGGUGAGCUCGUUUUUGCAUCGUAUUGUGUGUUUGAAUCGUUUUACAUUCUAUAUUUCGAUCCGAGGAAAAACAGUAGCAGAGAAGCCUUGUUUAGCAGAGUUGUGGGUAAGGAGUUUAGACACCGUCACAGGCUUUCUAAGGACUGUUUGUUCGUCACGAGUGUUUCCCCAAAUCACAUUGAGAGUCUCGUGUCUUUGUCGUAG